UGGAUUAUAAAGGAUUCAGAGAUGCCUCUAAUAUACUCAAUGAGACCAAAAUAAAGAUAGAAGAGAGGUUUCAACAACUAGAAAGAAUGAAAGCAAUGCAAUUCCAAAGCAGGUUGAAUGAAAAGCGUAAAUAAGCAAUGCUUAAUUGCAAAGAUGCCGACCAUUCGAGUCAUUGAGAGCUUUCAGAAUCGCAAGGAUAAGAUUGAGAUUCUAAAACCCUUGGUUUCAGGUCAUCGCAAGAGUUCUUUGUUUAAUGAUGAUGUAUCUCCUCGCCAGAUGCUUGCUCACUACCGUACCAACAGUAUGGAUGAUCAAGGGGGUUAUCGCAACGUGAAAAAAACUAAACAAAUUAGUCGAACCAAGCCAUGCAAAACUACUAAGAAUCUCACAAUUCUUAACUACAAGAACCUUGAUGAAAUAAAUGAUAAAUUUUUCACCCAUAAUUCUUCAGCCAUGUUCAUGACUAAAUUCAAGAAAACUAAGGUUCUCUCUCAGGAACGUCAGAAGGUGGUCAAUAGUUACGUUGAUAGAGACAUCAAGAGGAUUCAUAAAAGAAACUCAAACUUUGGCCUUGCAGGUAACCCUGGUCUUUGACUCCUUGAUGAUAACCCCUAUAGUUAACCCACAAGUCAGAAUCGAGGAUAAAUGGAUAAACAAGAAAGGGGCUAAAAUUGUCCCAAGGUUUAACCCGAAUAAGAUGACCAAGACCUCUCAAAAGUUCUUUGAUAUUUCUGAGAUUGGUCGUUCACAUAUCUCCACACAAGGGAGGAAGGAAUUUGCCAGUCAGGGAAGGUCCCCUUGUAAGAAUAAUUACAGUUUUUACAACAGUAAUACUCCUAGCAGUGGCUAUGGAGUUUCAAGGGAGAGAAAAUCAUCAGCGGAUGGAUUCUUAAUAAAUAACGAACAAAAAUUACGCUACACUAUGGAUGAACUCAAACUUACCUGUAACAAGCCAACCUUUCUCAAAUUCUAUCAGAUCAAAAGGACUAUAAAGAAAAGGAUCAGGCUAGCGGUUCAGGUUCAGGAGGUUAAAUCCAAACUUUGGAGACCACAGGUCAGGGAGGAGUUCACUCUAGACGUUACCUCAACCCCUGAUGGGCUUCUUAAAGGGUACCUCAUCGGAGGAUUCAAUGGAAAUGGAAUCAAACAAAUCUCCACAAUGACCAUCCAGCUGACUUUUAAACCUAUGAUGGACUGGAGAAUUCUCCAAGUAAAGAACCAUGAUGAACUUCAAAGCAAGUUUAGUCAAGCUACAUGAGUAGAUGAGAAGUACAUCUACAUUUUUGGUGGGGCUGACCUGGCUCUGAAAAAUACAAAAUCUAAUGCUGACGGAACCAAUACAGAUAAAGUCCUGCACAACCAAAAGCUCAACAUCAGCCGGCAAUGCACCAGCCAGUUGAUGAGGUUUGAUACACAGAGAAAUGAGCUAAAGAGCCUUCCUCAAGGGGACUAUAUUGUGUCUCCCAAGAGAGAUCACUGAAUAGCCAAAUUCGGCCGGUUCAUUAUCUCCUUCGGGGGUAUUAACAACCUUGGGAGAGUUCUAGAAGAUCUUGAUAUCUAUGAUCUCAACUUGGGCGAGUGGGAGCCCCUCAAGGUCAAAAAUCCUAUUGAAGGUAUCUGAUAUACAGCCUGAGCAGCCAUAUUCUAUCCUGAUCGAUCCAAUGAGAACAAGGAUAAAUUAGAAAUCUCAGAGAUUCCACCUCCAAAUUGGGGAGAGGUCGAGCAUUUGAUAAAAGAAGAAGGGAUUUACCUUUUUGGUGGCAGAAACAAAAAUAGCGAGGUUGAUGGAAGCCUCAGGAUUCUCAAAUUAGGCAACCCAUACCCCAAGAAUUAUUGGAAGUACCCGGAUACCUUAGGAAGGCCACCAUGCCCUCGAUAUCAGCAUUGCAUGGUACAUUUACCAAAGCUUAAUCUUCUUGUAAUACAUGGAGGAAGGACCUCACUCAAUACUACAGUCACGCCUGAUUCGCAAUUCCAGAAUUUCUUCAAGAGAAAUUCUAUAAAUGGGCUACAAUUGCCCAAACGGAGUAGUCCUAAAUGAGAAAGUUUUGUACUUGGAGACAUUUUUGCUCUAAGACUAGACAAUUUCGAAUGGAUCAGAGUGGCAUUUCCAAAUGAGAAUCAGUUAGCCAGAGCUAACCACUCGAUGGCAAAGCUUGGAGAUGACUCUCUCAUAAUUUUAGGAGGCACAGCUGCUAAUUCUACAUACUGUAGCUCUGAUUAUUUGUUCACAUUUACCGAGGAGAAUAUUCCUCGUAGAAGUUCUUGCCAACAGCCUUUAUAAUUCUUAUAUUUUAUAGAUCCAGUAAGGAUAUAGAUUAAGGUGAAUUUUAACUUGAGAUAUUUCUAGCAAAAGGGCACUGGAACACCAAUGUGUAUUAAGAGUGUCCCAUUCAGAGUCAGGGUAUUAAAGCCGUGCAAUUUUGAUGCUCUGUCAAAUCCUAGCUUUAUUGCUAUCUCCUAAAUAUAUCUAAUAUCUGAAAUUUACCUUCAAUUUU